AAAAAUGCGUUCCCGACUGAAUGGUGGAUUGUCACUUGAGGGGACAGGAAGCGCCAAUUGUCAAAAGUUGUGGGAAAUCAGCCUAAUGAGCCUUGUUGACAUGUCGCGUGAUUGACAUUCAAUCCAGACAUGCCAUAACAAAGGCCUGUUCUGGUUUUUGGGUUGGGUUAACGAAUGAAGUGUUUGAACGACCCCAAGGUUAAAUGCAACGCAAAUGGAUCACGAUGAAAGUGAUCCAAGUGAGCUGGAGAGCUUUCUCCAAAGCUGUUUGGAGAAGGCGAGUAACCUGCUGGGCAUGGAUGAGCAGCUGCCCAGCAGUGGUCUGGCACCAGCACCAGCGCCCGCGCCCGCGCCGCUCACCAGCCUAGCUCCGACGCCCAGCCAGCAGCAGCCGCCGCCGCAGGUAGUGCGGGUGCCGGUGGGCCGGCCGGCCGGCGGCCACAGCGGCCCUGCGCCGGCUCCCGCCGCCGCCCGCGGCCCGCGGGUCGUGCAGAACGGCCUCCAGCACGGCCUGCUGCCCAAGUCGGCGCCGGCGCCGGCCGCGUCCAAGCCGCUGAACGGCGCGCUGGCGCCGGCCGCCCAGCUGCUGGCGCCCUCGCAGGCGGUGGCGGCCUCGCCGUUCCAGGCGGCGGUGCGGCCGCCGGCCGGCAGCCAGCCAUCGCCGGUGCCGGCCGCCAGCCCGUACUCUGCGGCGCGCUCCCCCGGCCAGUCGCCGGCGCCGGCCAGCUCGUCACCGGCGCUGGCGCUGGGCACGGCUCGCGGCGCCGGCAGCAUGACCACCCUGUCACAGGGCGUGGUGCCCGCCAUGCCGCACGGAGUCAUCCUGUCGUCGCAGUCCGGUAGCAUGCAGUCCGUCGUCGGUCCGAGCCUGAUUGCCGCUGGCGGCACCCUGAUGCCGUCCAACGGGCUGCAGAUGGUGGCCGGCGCCCAGAACGGCACCGUGAUGCAGCUGGUGCCCGGCGGCGGCGUGUCGGCCGCGCCGGCCCCGCUCUCGGCCGCGCCCGUCCGCGCCGCAAAGGCCGCCAAGCAGCCGCAGCUGCUGCCCAAGACGCUGGCGCCCAGCCUGCCGCUGGCCAAGCAGACGCUGAUGGCGCAGCCGCCCAUGGUGCUGGCGGCGUCUGGCGGUCUGGGCGGCGGCGGCGGCGGUGCCAUGGUGGUGGUGCCCGUCAUGGUGCAACAGCCCGGCGGCGGACACCACAUCCAGUACAUCCUGCGCGAGCAGCCCAACCUGCUGUUCCCGGCCGUGUCGGCGGCGGCCGCCGGGAAGCCGGGCGGCGCGCCGGCGGCGCCGCAGCAGGCGGUGCUGCUGCCGGCCGGCGGCGGCGGCCAGACGGUGCUGCUGCAGCCGUCCCAGCAGCUGCUGCAGCCGGCCAUCCGACUGCUGGCGCCGCAGAUCCAGCAGGUGCAGGCGGCCGGCGGGCCGGCGCUGUUCGCUCUGGCGCCGCAGCAGCAGGCCGCUAUGCUGCCGCAGCACAUGAUGCCGCAGCAGCUGCUGGCUCAGCCGCAGCAGCCGGAGCUGCGCGCCCAGCACCCGGCGCCGGUGUCUGCUGCGGCGGCGGCCGCGGCCCGCCGCACCCCCACCAACAAGAAGAAGCGGCGGGACGAGCCGCCGCCCGGCCAGCCGGCCAAGAAGGCCUUCGUCGACCUGGAGGACAUCAUGAAGAAGAGCGGCAUUUUCGGCGACAUGGACGACGAGCCGGGCCUGCACACGGAGCCGGCGGCGCCCGAUCCGGCGCCGGCAGCGCCCGUGAAGGCGGAGCCGCCGCCGCCGGCACCGGCGCCCGCCGAGCCGCCGCUUUCCAUCGUACAGCCGCUGCAGGGCGGUGCUGGCACCAGCAGUGGUCUCGACGUGAGCGCGGCCGCCCGGCUGUCGGGCGCUCCGCUCUCGCUGCCGACUAACCUCAGUACAAACUCGGAGCCCGCUGCGCACGCGGUGUUCUCGUCCGCCGGACAGGUGUUUCUGAACGGCGCGGCGUUCGUCUCCUCUGCGCAUCUGACGCCGGUGACGGCCUUCUCGGCGGCCCAGCCGGUGCUCUCGUACGCGGCCGGUCCGGGACGGCCGGUGCUCUCCACGGCCGGCUCGGUGGUGCUGCCGCCGCGCGCCGCCGCGCCGCUGGUGGUCAGCACGGCGCCGGCGGCCGGCAGCGUGCUGGGCAGCCUGCUGAGCCAGCCGAGCCGUCUGGCGCGGCCUGCCGGCGCGCAGACGCUGGCCGUGGCGGCCGCCCCGCUGCCGGCUGCCGUCUCCGCCCCGUCUGCGGCCGGUCUGCAGCCCCUGUCGGCGGCCGUCGGGUUCAGCGUGCCGCAGCCGCUGGCCGCGGCGGCCGCGCAGCCGGCGCCCCGUCCGACGGCGCCCACCCCGCCGGCAGCCUCCACCGGCGGCAACGCCUCCUUCCAGAACGCCUUCCUGGAGAACCUCAUCAAGAACCAGCUGUGCUCGCGCAGCAACAGCAAGAAGAAGCGGAAGGAGCAGGUGGUGCGGGUGACGGCGGCGCGCACGCCGGCCACGGUGACGGUGGCGGCGUCGGCGGCCGACUCCUCGCGGCUCAGCAGCGCCGCGGCGGCGCGGCUGGCCGACAACAGCGUGACGAGCACCACGCAGCUGGAGCCGGCGCCGGCGCCCUCUCCUCUCACGCCCACGUCUUUCACGGCGCCGCCGGCAGCCGCCGAGCCGGGCCCGGGCGCGCCGCGGCCGCUGGUGCCUUCAGCGCUGCGCGCUAUCGCGCCGGCGCCGGCCGGGGCCGUGCCCGUGUCCGGCGGCGCGCUCACCGUUCCUCACGCACAGAAGGUGCAGACCAUCCAGCUGUCGCCAGAGAACCAGCAGGAGCUGAACCGGGUGAACCUGCGGAUGCAGCUGCUGCUGCGGCACCCGGAGCGCUCGGCGCGCGACGCGGACGAACUGAAACGGCUGGAGGCGGCCCGGCAGAAAAUAAUCGCCACCGGACAGUCGGUCAGCCUACCGGUGCGGUGGUCGCUGCCGACCUCCACCGCCGCCCCCGCGCCCGCGCCCGCCGCAGUCACCGCCGCCGUGGUCUUCUCCACACCCUCGACGCUUUCAUCGCAGCCAGCAGUACCUCAGCCGCCGCUGGUGGCGGCCAGCUCCGCCAGCCAGCAGCACCCUCAGACGCCCAGUCAGUCCCAGUCCCAGCCGCCGCCGCAGUCUCAGCGGCAGCCGUCCGGUCAGCAGCAGCAGUCGGCGCCACACCAGGAGCAGUCUCAGACGCCGCAGGCACAGUCACACUCGCAGCAGUCACAUCAGUCACAUCAGUCGUCCAGCGCGGCGGGGCCCUCCUCCCAGUCGGCCGCGCCGGUCCAGGAGGCGCCCGCCGUCUACCCGUCAGACGAGAGGUUCGCCGCCCAGCUGCGGUGCGACCAGCGGGCCGCGCUCUGUCCUGACACGGAGACGCCCUUCCUGAACGUGGCGGACGCCGUGAAGCGUCUCUCCAAGUACCACGUGCUGCAGGACGCGCCCGCCGAGCCCGAACAGGUGCUCAUUGAGGACGAGGUGUUCCGGAUGCGUGCAGAGUACAUCCGCCACAAGCGGCACGUCAUGAACAACAAGUACCGCCGGCUGCUGCUGAAGGAGAGCAUGCUGCUGCACCCGACCUGCGAGAGCAUCCAGCUGCUGCGCUACCUGAACCAGUACGACCGGGAGCAGCUGCAGCAGGACCGGCAGGCGGCCGAGGAGCAGCGCCGGCGGCACGACUCGGGCGGCCCGCAACCCGUCAAACAGGAACACGCAUCUCAGCCGGGUGCCGAGUCCAGUGCAGCGGCGGCCCCGGAGUACCCCUUCCACCCGGCCAACAGUCGGUCUGGCGCGCACGGGGAAGGCCCGGCGGCCCAGUCGGACACUCAGCCCGCCGUCAAAGUUGAGCCCAAACAUGAGCCGAAGCCGGACCGGGAGCCGGCGGCGGCGGCGGCCUCAGCACCCGGUGCGGCCGGGCCGGGGCGGACAGAUCUGACGGCGCCCGACGAGCGGCUGCUGCACCCGGCGGCGGCCGCCGCCGCGCAGGCCGACGCCGAGUUCGAGCGGCUGUUUGACGAGCCGCUGGUGAACGGUCACGGCGGCGCGGACGGCGACCCGGCGCCGGCGGCGCGCUCCCGAGUCGAGGAUGACCUCCAGAGCGCCAUCAAGAGCAUCCUGAACCUGCCGCGCACCGACAGCGAGCCGGUCGACGAGCUGACGCCGCCGCUGCCGCCACCCAGCAGGUUCAACAUCAACGCGUCCUUCUUCAACGCGGACGGCUCGACGGAGGACAGCGAGGCCCUGGACGAGGCGGUGCGGAGCAUCCUGCUGUAGGCCAGCGCCGCCGGCCGGCCGGCGCCGCCAUACGCAAGCUGUGAUGGAUCGUACAGUUCAAACUACUGUGUGAUAUUAGGGUAGUUGUUUCUGUAGGGUAUGUUUUGCAGUAAAUUUUGUACCCUUUUCUCUGGCAUUUGCUGCGUUGCGAUCUCAAAAGAGGACACCCUGUCCAACGCGGCACGAGCCGGUCUGCUCGCACGAAUGUUUCUGUCGAUUUCUUGCCGACACCGAGCGGCAGCGAAGCCUGAGUGCACUUUUUACGUUUUUUUUUCUGGUAUUCGCUAAGUAUUACCGCGGAUGAUCUAUUCGUGUAUGGGCAUAUUAUGCCUUCUUUCAUCAAUCAUGUCAUGCAUUCGUGGCAAUAUGGUGCCCCGUUCGUGGCUCCUUCCCAUCGUCAUGUAUUUUUAAUGGCAUUAAAAUAAAACAUGUGGAGCGUUUAGCGAAA